UUGUCUUGUGAAACUUCAUGAUUGUUGCAUAAAACUUUAAAGGUACAUCCCUAAUGAUUUGUGUUUACAAUGAACAGUAGCUACUCAGUGAACAGUCUUAAAAGUAGGAGGGUGGAUGGACAGGGUAGGGCUGUCCCAGAUCUCAGAAACAAGGUGAAAGAAGCAUACUUUUGGAGUUUGUGAAAGACAGAGGAGUGACUAUUGAGACUACAUUCCUGUGAGUAAGUAGAAUAAUGAAUGAUAUAUUUGAUAUAUCUCAUUGAGAUAUGAAUGAUCAAAAUUACGGACCAAAAAGGAAGAAAGACAUCAUUUCAAUUUUUACUUGGAUAUCCACUAAGAGCUUCUAUAACAGACUGAGAUUCCUGUCAUUUGAAAAUGAUGUGCUACCUAAGACAGAUGCUCAGAAACUACCGGGCCAAACGCAGACUUUGUCAAAAACGCUUUGUGACCAAGGAUGGCCACUGUAACAUUGAAUAUGGCAAUGUGAGGUACAGCAACUUUUUUGCCUAUGUGCUAGACUUCUGGACCACCUUUGUGGAGAUCCGUUGGCGGUUUGUUUUUGUCUUCUUUGUGGCCUCAUUCACUCUCAGCUGGUUCAUUUUCGGACUCCUAUGGUAUUGGAUUGCCCGCAACAAUGGAGAUUUAGCAUGGCAAAAUCCAUCAGCUAACCACAAAGUAUGUGUACGUAAUCUCUUUGGACUGACCACUGCCUUCCUCUUCUCCAUGGAAACACAGACAACUGUGGGAUUUGGGGGGCGAGAUAUCACCCCAUACUGCCCUAGUGCUAUUGUUCUCAUCGUUAUCCAGAUUCUUGUGGGUGCAAUCAUUAACUGUUUCUGGUGUGGAGUGGUCAUGACCAAAAUUUCUCUGCCCAAGAAAAGGGUCAAGACCAUAGCGUUUAGUCAGAUGGCAGUUAUCUGUCCAAACAGAGGAGUUCUCUGUUUGCAGAUAAGAGUGGCUAACUUGCGUAAAUCUUUGAUGAUUGGCAGCCAGAUCUACGGAAAGCUGCUUAGAACAACAGUAACUCCUGAAGGUCAAACCAUCAUCCUGAACCAUGUCAAUGUUGACUUCUUUGUAGAUGUUGGAAAAGAUAACCUGUUUUUUGUAUGUCCCUUGACCUUAUAUCAUGUUAUUGACAAGGCAAGUCCAUUCUUUGAGAUGUCAAUGGAGUCUUUAAAUCAACAGGAGUUUGAGCUGGUGGUAUUUUUGGAUGGAACGGCUGAGUCCACCAGCUCUUCUUGCCAGGUCAGGACUUCUUACCUACCUCAGGAAAUUAUGUGGGGCUACAAGUUUCUGCCCAUCAUCUCCUGCAGAAAGGAGGGAAGGUAUCAUGUGGACUUUUCCAAUUUUGCCAGAGUGGAGCCAACAGUGACUGCCAGCUCAGCCAGAUGCAUCAAUGAUGAUAACCAUCAUUAUCACUGCUCCACUAAUGGCUUUGAUAAUCAUGGCUUUGUGGUCAUCGACAUUGACAAUCCUAUCAAUAUUAAAAUGUGAAUUUUGAGGUUUUAUCUCUGGGGGUUUUGAUUAUUUUGAUUCACUUAUCUUUGUUUGUGAUACCUUAUAUUUCAAAUUAUAAAUUUUAAUAUGAAGGCUUCUCAAAAUUGUAAUAAGUCAAGAAAUCCAUUUAAACAUGUGAGCGCACAGCUUUAUAGUACACAUUGUUAAUUGAUUUUAUAUUAUAACAUGUACACAACCUGGUUUUGUUUUAUGGUCUUACACUACAAAUGAUAUUCAAUUUCAAAAAAUUGUGGAGGACUUCAUUUUUGUACUGUUAUGCUAAAAUAAAAUUCUGAUCCAUGUAAAUGCUGAGAUACAGUACUGUUCCAGAGUACUUGAUCUACAUGAAUCAGUCCUAAGACUUUAGGUUCAAAAUUGGGUUUUCAUUGCAAUUACUACUACUACUAUUACUACUACUGUUACUACUACUGUUAUUAUUAAGUAUCAGGACAAUAACAUAAAAAUUAGAUGUUGCUUUUUCUGUUUUUUUCUACAACUAUCUUGCACAUAUUAUUGGUCAAACAGAUAUUUGCUUUAUCCAGGAUUUAAAUGGAAAUUUAAUGGAUCUAUUGGAGUAGUUCAGGGUAUUCUCAACUGCUGCACUCAUUUAGCCAGUCAUGGUCUGGGCCUAAAGUCCCUGUGUGUUUUCCCUGUGUUAUUUCACUUCCUCGUGUUUCCAGUAUUUUGUCUCCCUCAUUUCUCUCUGUGUGUGCAUGCGUGCGCACGUGCGGGUCGGGGUCUCUCUCUCUCUCUCUCUCUCUCUCUCUCUCUCUCUCUCUCUCUCUCUCUCUCUCUCUCUCUCUCUCUCUCUCUCUCUCUCUCUCUCUCUCUCUCUCUCUCUCUCUCUCUCUCUCUCUCUCUCUCUCUCUCUCUCUCUCUCUCUCUCUCUCUCUCUCUCUCUCUCUCUCUCUCUCUCUCCCCGGUCCAGUGGUUUCCUGUUGCUUACACCUGUCACUCUCCUUUAGUGUUUUCCCUGUGCUCAAGGUCCACAGCUCACUCAGCCUGCCUGCUCGCAUCCUGCUAUGACCAGCCCUGCUUCACUUUCUCUCUUGCUCACCAAUUAAGGACUUGACACGAGUUCAAGCCUGGCCUUGUGAACCACUAAACUGGGCAUCAAACCUCCACUUUGCCGACCCAAGUUCGAAUCCCGGCCUCGACCAUGCUCUUUCUCACACAAUCCUACCUACACCAACCUUUAAUAAAGCCUGUUUAACCUCAACCCUUGAAUCCUUGUUCUGCUUCUGGGUUCCCUUGUGCCUGUGGAUAUAACAGCCAUGGUCUGAGGUUUUCAAAAUUCAGACAGUCUGGCUGUUUCCUCAUUGCCACUCACAGUCUAAACAGUCCUUAUGAGAGAAUUAAGAAUGAUACUUUUCUUUAAGCCUCCAAAAGACCAUUAACUAUACAUUCUUAACAUUAUAUCUGAAUUAUCUUAAUAUUACAAAUAUUUACAUUUAUUCAUUUGGCAGAUAUGAAAGUAAGGUGUUACGACCCAGUCUAGGUUGGGCCACAAUAUACAAUAAAAUAAAAUAAAAAAAAGAGGGUUGGCGAGACCAGGAUUGUGUUUGCUUUGUUUAAGUCUCACCUUUUAUAUAUACAGUGGUGUUCUCUUUAAAAGCCGAAAUGCAUUUUAAAAAACAGAAUUGUGUUUUUAUUUUAAUUAUUUCAAAAGAAUAGGUUGAA